AUGAUUCAGAGGAACGAGGUUGUGCUCUCUGUACUUGGGAAUCUCCAGGAGGCCACUGAGACCUCUGGUCUGGCUGCCAUGACCAGAGCUGCCCAGGAGGUGGACAAGCUCCUCGCUCCCUUCCAGCUGCCCAAGACUCUGUGCCAUGAUUUUCCUGAGUGGACAGGCAUCGAUCGCAUGGCUCAUGGUCUGUACCCACCUGACGCCCCCCAUGACCUCAUCCCCCUCAGCUGUACAGGAGAAGGCAACAUGCUGUUUGAUGCAGUCAGUAUGCUUUUAGUAGGAAACACUGAUCUUAGCUUAGAGCUGCAGGUUCGUACUGUAGUGGAAAUGGUGCUGUGGAAGAGAUACUACCUGUCUGGGAUGAUCGAUUCCAAAAUGAUGCUGCAGGCUGUUCGUUUCGGUCUCUGCGCUGAAGAAUCAGAGGACAUGCUUAACCUGCCUGUGGCCGUCCUGGAGGCCAUAUUUGAUGCAGAUGUCAAAGCAUCCUGCUUCCCUGGUUCCUAUGCCAACAUGUGGCAUGUGUAUGCCCUGUCCUCUGUCCUACAGUUAAACAUCUAUUCCAUCUACCCCAUGUUCAACCACAAGAUUCGACCGUAUUUCAACCGAAUCAUACGUCCCAGGACCUGGCCAAAGGAUUCGGAGCCGCUAACGCUCCACAUCAUGUGGUCCGGUGAGCUGCAGUCAGAGUCUGCGUUCAGACCUAAUCAUUUUGUUGCACUCGUCCAGACUUCCGACUGGACCUUUGGGAGUCCUGACAGUGAUCAGAGGGUGUCCCCCAUCAAGAGUGAGGAGUUGCUAAAUGAUGAUUCGCAGCUUUCCUACCCAAGUCUGAAGGACAAGUACAACAUCACCAAGAGGACCUUCUACCGCUGGAAAAGGCAGACGCAGGAGCACUGCAAGAAGUCGGCAGCCAGGUAUGAAGCGAAGUAUUUCCUGCAAUCCUGCUACACGGAGGGGAAACUGAUUCCUUUGCACCAGUUCAAACAGUUUUUCCCAGAGAUAUCGAGGUCAUCUUACUACAACUGGAAGCAUGAGCUGCUAAAAACUGGAGGGAACUUCUCAGCUUCAUCAUCAACUGGAGAGAUCAGUCCUGGAGAGAGCACAGAACAGGAGGCCUGGUCAUCCCCUGACGCAAAGGAAGAUGAACCGGACCAACACGACAGCGUGGCCAGCAUGUUUGGCCUCUCCCUUGGCAAGCUAGAUCUAGAGCGUGCUCAGAAUGUAGCUCAUAUGCAGGAAGCUAAGCGCUGUCUGCAGAAUUGUAUUGCCAUGAAUGCCUCCCUCCCAUUCAGGCUCUUCAAACGGUUUUUCCCAGGCAUCUCCAGAUCGACCUACUACAACUGGAGAAGGGAAGCCAUGCUGUUCAUCAGAGGCUAUAAAACCAGUGUGGGGAGCAGUGAAGACAGCUCUGAUGCUGACAAGAGUGAAAGCCCCAAAAGUCUGUCACCGGUCCCCCUUAAUCGCUCAAACACCGCCCAGUCCAGAAUGAGGGUCUGCAGGCAAAAUCACAGAAGAUUCAGGCUGGCGUAUAUGAGUAAAAAACAGCUCAGAGAUGCUGCAAAGCUUCACAUCAAGAGGUCAAAGUGGUCCUUGACAAAGUUCAAGCUGAAGUUUCCAUCUAUGUCUCCUUGUUUCUACUGGCUGUGGCGCAGCAGCCAGAACUGCAAGAAGAAGAAGAAGAAGGUAGUCUUCCAGAGCGCAGGCAUCAGUGCGCCUCAGAGUCUGGAUAACCUCGCCACUGAAACUAGAAACAUGGAGAAGAAGGAGAGUCAGACUGGGCAUCCAUUUGUGGAGAGCACUAAGUAUCUGAAAAGUCCCGCCGUGCCUUCGUUUAACCCCCCACAUUCAAAGGAUGCCACGCAGAGCAAGAUGCCAGUAGAUGAGCAGGUGUUUGCAGUGGAUGUCGUGGCUCUGGCCAACUUCAAGGCCAAAGCCAAACUAUUCCUGCAGCAACGCUUCGAGGAGAAAUCCUUCCCAACAUUCAAAGAAUUCAGGUCUUACUUCCCCUUUACUCCACGCUCCACAUACUACAUGUGGAAGCGGGCUUUGCAUCACGGAGUCUCCCUGGUUCAUGGAUAA